UGACGGAAAAGCAAAUGAUGCCAAAAUAAGGAAUCAGUUAAGAGCGGUCGGUGUGCUGGACCGGCGCAGGAGGAUGUAUGCAGAGUCCCAAACAGCAGGAAAAACAAUGGGAAAGUUGGGUUUGUGAGGAGGAGGCUGGCUGGGAGAAGUUUCUUUGGCCCCCCACAAAAAAACAAAACCCUGUUUCGCCUUUUUUUUUUUUUUUUUUUUUUUUUUGCACGGAUGCGGUUUCGGCAAUCGAUCAAAUUCAAAUAUGUAAGUUUGUAUUUUUUUAACCAAGAGGUCUUCCCUCACCUUUCCCCCCCGCCCUGCUGACCGAUUGUUUUUUUUUUUAAAAGUCCCAAGUUUUUUUUUAAAACUUGGUGCUUUACAAACUGUUUUUAAUGAAGAAGUGCUCGCUGGUUUGGGGGGUUUUAGUUGCGGCUGGGCUGUAAGCAGGAGGGGGGGAGAGAGAGAAGAAGAAGAAGAAGAAUGGAGCCACGACUAGAAAAGGUGCUUUGAACUGUAACAAAGAAAGAACAUGAACAAUGGCAGAAAGGAGAGAGAAGAAUGCGGCCGUGUACCGAGGCGUCUCUUUCAAAAAGCCGGGCUCCAGCGGCAGCGAGGAGGCUGUCGGCGUCGCCCUCCCCCCGGAGCCCAGCCGAGCGGAACAGUCCUGGGCGACGCGUAAUGUCAGCGUGUCAAGAAAAGUUUCCAAAAUCUCCGCCGCCACCGCAACCGCAGAGCCAAAGAGAGGCUCCUCGGCUCUUCCCUCCUCCAUUUCUCCAUCCAUCCGCCAGCUCACGGAGAAGUUCAGCAGCAGCGGCGGCGGAACCACCGGGACGCAGCGAGCCUCGCCGGGAGACGGUGCGGCGCUGACGCGGGGGAGCAGCGCUCUACCCCAGGCCCGAGGCGACAGGAGAGACGGAUCUCCGUCUCGUAAAUCUUUCCGCGAAGACAGCGGAGAGGGGUGUUCCCCGGAGAGCGAUCCCAACCCCGCGGAGUCUACGUCGGACAGCAAAGCGCCCAAGUUUCACUCCGGCACGGACUCGGUGUCGGGUUCGGAUACGGAGAGAAGAGGCGAGGAGUGGGUUUUUACGCGUUUGUCGACGGCGAGCAGCAAGUCCGGUAAGAGAGAUCACUCUCACCUCAAUGCCGCUGAACUUAGAAAGAGUUUCACCACAGACGAGGAAGAGGAUGUUAGCAGUAAAGAGGCCCCCCCGCCGUGUAAAUCCCACAGAAGUUACCACCGCAUCCCCACGCACGCUGAACGGUGGCCCAGUGUCACCAAAAUCAGACAACUUUUCGACGAGAAAGCUUCGCAGCCGAUUGCCGCUGACAAAUGGGAGGGUUUAAAAGCAGCUGGCAGAGGGUGUUUACAGGAGCCCGGCUGCGGUGAAAGUGACAGGCAGUCGGGAUGCCUCUCUGCUUCUGAUAUAUGCACAUCUGGGGCACAAAGCAGGGACACUUGCGCUGCUAAAGACGCGUCUUGUUAUGGUGCGGACCUUUGUUCCAAACCGGAACAUCCUCAGCACUCGCAUGACGAGGAAGGAGAAGUAGAAAAGGCUGGAGUGUCUCACAGAAGUGGUUUGCCCGCUGGUUCUAAUUACCACAGGAUUCAUUCGUCUACCUGCAGAUCUCAUAGUGCCAGUGCUGAGCCGCCAGAAGCGACCUGUAAGACCCCCAGAACAACUGGAUUGGCACCUGACCCUAAACCUGACCUUCAACCCUGUGCUGCUCCGUCUUUGAGGCGAUCGGUGGGCUUAGACGCCUCCUCCCGCUCCUCCUCUCUACAGCAGCCGACGGUGAGGGAGAGAAGGGAUAGACAGGGGGUCGGACUGCCCAGGGAUAGUUUACAUUCCUCACAUAGCUCCUCUAGAGCACCAGCCCCCACCACCUCCUCCGUCUCCUCUACUCCAUCUCCAGAUGAAGCCAUUACCUCCUGUUCUUCUGCUUUAACUCCCCUCUCCGAACCAGGAGCCUCCACAAAAGUUAGCUCUCCUCUCAGCUUAAAUUGGAGGUUAAGCUCUGGAGACGAAGACGAGGUGCACAUCAGGAGGAGGAGAGGAGGGGCUUGGGGUUGUCCCUCUAUCACUAGCAGGGGAGGGGAAAGGAGUGCCACUGAGCGAGGGGGCAGCUAUUUAUCCCGCAAUAAAAAUGGCCGUUGGGGUGCAAAGGCCAUUGGCAGGUCCUCAGGCAGCGAGGAGGACAGCCCUGCUUCUUUAGGCCCCCACUGCCGAGAGCCGGUGCGUCGGCGCUCUCUAAGAAAGAAGAAGAAGGUCAGCGGGACUGCUCCAGCAACGGGCUGCGACGAUUCCAACGAUCAGUAUGGUGAGUCAGAAGACAGUGACCCAGCCCUGACCAUGGAUCACGCAGAAAGGCAGCAUCAAAACACCGGAGAAGCUACAGUGACGAUACACCGGAGCCACUCCACGCGAGAACCUGGCGGUCGCAGCAACAGAGCCAGGGUACAGCACUGGGAGCGCCUCUCCUCACCUGCGGCGUCCACUGCACUUCCCGCUGUAUCACGAGUGUCAAAGGUGAAAAUCCCCCCCUUUGUUUCCAGCCCUGGGGAUUCGUGCUGCAGCAGCAGAUACUCCAGCACUGAGACGCUAAAAGAGGAGGAACAGGGGAAGGGUGGCAGUUGCGGAGCCAGUGUGCUCUUCAACACCGGCGGAGCAGAAAGCGGUACAAGCAGAGCUUCGUCGGCUUCUGUGUUGAGUAAAACGUAUCACGGGAAUUUCACCAUGUACCGGUCCCCUAGCUUCGGACACGGAGACAACUUCUCCCGGGCUCCCGUUCGAGUGCGCCCCAAGGUCUUGUCAACGGUAGCCUUCAUACCAGGUUUAACGCCCAGAGAAGGCGGAGGAUCUUCAGCGACAAGAGGUUUUGACAGUGUUGUGUUGAGAAAAACAACAUGGAGAGAGCCAGCAAAAAAGGAUAGCAAAAUAUCUAUGUCCAACCCCGAUAUCACGUCAGAAACUAUGACUCUCUUGAACUCGCUAAAAAAUGACGUGCCGAAGCUCAAAAUGCGAAGACCGAGCGGAGGGGACCGAAGCGUGGCAGGAGAGAGGCCAUUUGAGUACAGUAGGAAUUCAGGCCCUCACGGUGGGCCCGUUGCGCCUUUGGGUCGCCGUCCUUCGCUAAAAGACCUAACAGCCACUCUGAGACGCACAAAAUCCUUCACUUGUUCUGACAAGCCUACAGCAGGUGCAAGAUCUUACUUUACAGGUGGCGCGACAAAGAGGAGUUCUUCUGAGCAGCAGCUCGACCUGGACGACGAGAAGACUGGGAGCAGGGUGGCGGUGUCAGACAGAGAAGUGGAAAGUGACGGUGGGGACUUUAGGUUUGGGCGACAAAAUCUGACAACCUGUGGACUGGAGGAUGAUGACGACGAGGAAGGGAUGCCAACUCCACUAGAGGAGAGGUGCAUGCAGGAGGCCAGGCAGGUCAUUCAAGAUAUCUGCCAGAUGUGCACUAGAGACAAUGAUGACGACGUAGCUGUGACGUCAUCUGAUGGUAUUUUGGGGAUGGAAGGUUUACAGGUCGACCAAACAGACGAAAGGAAGGAAGCGGGAGACAUUAAAGAUGAGACGAGAACAGCUCAAGAGCUUGAGAAGACAAAAGACAAAGAUAAACAUGAGCAGGAGAGGGAGAGCAGGGAGAGGGAGAGGAGUGAACCAAGUAUGCAGCUGGAGAAGCUAAACAGUAGGGGUACAGACCGCUGGGAGACAUCUAAUAGACAGAGCCGAGAGUUGGAGAGAGCAUUACUGAAGGGCGACUCAGAGGAAAGCAUGCAUUAUGAACGUUCCAUGGAUGAACUUUCAGGCCAUGACUCCAGCUUAACAGAUGAGGGGAUUGUCACCGAGCCCGAAACGGGUCCCAGUGACCUCUCAGAGAGGCCCUUCCUGGGGUCAGCGGGGGUUAAUUUAGGGUCAAGAAUGGCAAGAGAUGUUCUGGGGCAGCCGGUUACUGGAUGGAAGCAGUCAGCUCUCCAUGAGGCGGAUGGCUUCAAGCAGGAGGAAAAAACAACACCAGAGAGCAGCUUGAACUGUACAAACCGACUGAAUGAAGCUUGUUUUCCUCACGCCGUACAUACAGCUCAGACAGACAACUGCGUUAUGGAUAUGAGCGCGACUGCUUUUGUAAGCAAACCCAACUCUGAGGGAGUCCACACCAACGCUGCCGCGUCAGUGGGGUCCACUCCAGCCGCAGCGCCGGACGGAGGAGGCGGAGGAUUCGAAGCCCCUGCGACCCCAAUUGCAGUCCGUCGAAGACGCAAGUUCUCCCCCUCCGGUAACAACAACACAGGGUCUGAGUCCAGCAAUGGCAGUCACGCAGAGUCAGCAAUGGCAGCUGUAGGAAACGGGGAGUCCACCGUCUACCGUUCUCUCAGCGACCCCAUGCCUCAGCGGUGCUGCUCUGUUGCAGAGGAGGGGGGCAACAAUUUUUCUUCAGUUGACAGUAAUCUUUUGGGCUCCUUGUCUGUCAAAGGGGGAGGUCCUCCUGAGGCCUCUGUGGCAUCUACAAUAUCAGAAUACAAAGGCAGCGUAGCGAGUGACUUGUCUGUUUACAGUGAUGGCGGUUUACGCGACGAUGGCAUACAGGACUACAGCGGGGUCAUUAGGAACAUUGUGGCUGAGCCUGGUGCAAUGGACAGGUUGAUAACGGAUGAUCAUGGCAAUGGCAAGGCCCCCAAGAAGAAGUCUUUUAGUGACCCCAGCCGCCGUAGCGAGGCCCCUCCAAUUGACCCCCAAACUGGCAGCACGCAUCAAGUCAGUGAGUUGGAUCAAUCCGCAGCGAUUCCACCAUCUAGUAGCGAGCCAAUCCUCAGUGAGCAGAGAGAAGAACUGUGGGAGUCAGGAGCUAAGCCCACACAGCGUCUUCACCCCGAGAUGGCUGCCUCCCAGCCACAAUGCAGUGCUCUCUCAGACAACCUCGAGGACGAAGAUGACUUCAGAGACUGUGAUGCAAAAGAGAAGUUUAACUUUGAUCUCAAGCUUGCCGAGGUCCUGUCUCCCAGGAUAACACGUCGGCUGGCUAAAAAACGCCCCAACAGGUUACAGACCUUUCCUGACAACGGCCAAUUUCAGCCCGUUGAACUGGGUUCAGAGGACCAGGAGGAACAUGGCAGCCAAAGUAAGCUCGUCUCCUCCCCUCCAGCGUCGCCGCUGAAAUCCAAAACCAAACCCAAGCACAUUCGCCACACAAGCGAGCCCACCACCUUCAUGCCCAUCUCGCCAGCUGCGCAUCUCCAGACCCUAAAGGAAGUGGACUUCCAAGCAGCGCCUCUCUUGGACGAGGCCUCGUCUUUGGAGGACGUCACACAGAAGGGCAAUCCCGAGGACGCCGAGGCCAGGCCUGUUCCUCUAGCAAGCGAUGGAGCUCAGGGUUUAAUCUCUAACGCAGAGGUGUCCGACGGGCCCAGCAGCGUCGGACGUACUGAAGCUGGACCUCAGAAGGUUGUCGCGGAGGACACGUUAUCUGUAUCUGCUCCACCAAGGACCAAGCCUAAAGUGGACAUGAGAAAACAUGUGAUGAUGACCCUCCUGGACACAGAGCAGUCAUAUGUGGAGUCUCUACGCACUCUAAUUCAGGGCUACAUGCGUCCUCUGAAACAGCCAGACGGCAGCUCCAUCGUGGACCCUCUGCUGGUGGACGAGAUGUUUUAUCAGAUCCCAGAGAUCCUGGAGCACCAUGAGCAGUUCCUGGAGCAGGUUGCAGGCUGCGUCAGCCAGUGGCACGACAGGCAGACGGUUGGACACCUCCUCAUCCAUUCAUUCUCCAAAGAUGCUCUCGCUGACAUGUAUUCAGCGUACAUCGACAACUUUCUCAACGCUAAAGACGCCGUGAGGAUCGCCAAGGAGGCAAAACCAGCGUUUCACAAGUUCCUGGAGCAAAACAUGCGUGAGAACAAGGAGAAGCAGGCUCUGGGUGAUCUAAUGAUUAAGCCGGUCCAGAGGAUUCCUCGAUAUGAGCUGCUGGUGAAGGACUUGUUGAAGCACACGCCGGAGGACCAUCCAGAUCAUGCGUUUUUGCUGGACGCUCAGAGGGACAUCAAGCGACUGGCGGAGAAAAUCAACACGGGGCGCCGCUCCGCUGAGGAGGCGGAGAGGGAGGCCCGGGUCAUCCAGGAGAUUGAGGCGCACAUAGAGGGAGUGGAACAUAUUCUAAAUCCACAGAGGAAGUUCUUGAGACAGGAAAUAGUCAUGGAGGCGAAGACCGUGGGGGGUAAGAAAGACCGAUCCCUCUUCCUGUUCAGCGAUCUGAUCAUCUGCACCACUCUCAAGAGGAAGUCUGGCUCGUUAAGGCGCAGCUCCAUGAGCCUAUACUCUGCAGCAAGUGUGAUUGAUACUUCCAGUAAAUACAAGUUUUUGUGGAAACUUCCUCUAGAGGACGUGGAGGUGGUGAAAAAUUCUUCUCAGGCAACCAACAGAGAGAGCAUCCAGAAGAUGAUUAGCCGACUGGAUGAGGAUCUCAGCACGUUGGGUCAGAUCAGCAAGCUAUCAGAAACCCUCAGCUUCCCACAUCAGUCCCUAGAUGAGGUCAUAAAAGAUCUGAUGGCAUCAGUGCACAAAGAGCUCUCAGAGAAACAGUCCUUGGCCUUCAGCAUGACUUUCCUGCCCACAAAACUGGAGUUCACCACGGCCUCCGCUGAGAGCACCUUCGUCUUUGAGUUCAGCUCGCCUGACGCCCGCUCAAGCUUCGAACUGGCCUUUGAGGAUGCCAAGAAGAAGUUGGCUAUGAACAAGGACCAGUGGGACCCAGAAUUCCUAAAAGCCAUUCCUAUUAUGAAGACCCGCAGUGGGAUGCAGUUUUCAUGUGCCUCACCCAGCCACAGCUGCCCUGAAAGCGGCUGUGAGGUUUGGGUGUGUAACAGUGACGGAUACGUGGGACAGGUUUGCUUGUUGAAUAUCAAAGAUGAGCCCAUGGUGGAGGCCUGCAUCGCUGUCUGCUCAGCCAGGAUCAUUUGUAUUGCUGCAGUUCCAGGACUCAAGGGAAGGGAUCGUGUGUCGGAACCCGCUCCGACCUCCGGACCUUCCGGUCACCCCCAGCAGCAGCUCAACAUCUCCAUCUCACCUUCGACUCUAGAGCUAACAGAGCAGCCUACAGGACCAGGGACAGAGCUUGUGCCAUUUGACAGCGAUGACUCAGACGAUGAAGAUUCACCGAGUCCUUCCUCCACGUUGCAAAGUCAGACCAGUCACUGCACCAUAUCCUCCAGCUAUGGGAAUGACGAGGGUCUAAGCUCCAAGGACAUGGCCACGGAGACCACCAGCAGCGAGGAGGAGCAGGAGUUCCCUGUCCCUAGCUCCUUCGGUGCUCCUGGGAUCCUAGGCGUAGGUGGAGGGAGUCGCGUCCACACAGAGAGCCCCAUGGACGGCCGGGCCAUGCGCCGGUCCUCCAGGGGGUCGUUCACUCGGGCGAGUCUGGAGGAUCUGCUGAGUAUCGACCCGGAGGCUUACCAGAGCUCUGUGUGGCUCGGCACAGAAGAUGGAUGCAUCCAUGUCUACCAGUCCUCAGACAACAUCCGGAACCGUAAAAACAGCAUGAAGAUGCAGCACUCAGCCUCCACCCUCUGUAUACUGUAUUUAGACAACAAAGUGUUUGUAUCAUUGGCAAAUGGAGAGGUGAUCGUCUAUCAGAGAGAAGCAGGUAGUUUCUGGGAUCCUCAGUCUUCCCAGACGUUAGUGCUUGGUACACCUAGUAGUCCAGUGACCAAGAUGGUUCCAGUUGGAGGGAAACUGUGGUGUGGCUCACAAAACCGGGUUCUCAUUAUUAACACUACUACACUGGUACAGGAGCACUGGUUCCAGGUCGGCACCGACAGCAGUCGCUGUGUUACGUGCAUGGUGGCGUAUGGUCAGGGUGUGUGGCUGGCGCUGCAGGGGAGUGCACAGGUCAGGCUGUACCACGCUCAGACCUGGGAGAGCCUGACGGAGGUGGAUGUGGCUCCUGCUGUGCACAAAAUGCUUGCAGGUGCAGAUGCAAUCAUUAGACAGCACAAAGCUGCCUGCCUCAGGAUCACAGCCUUGUUGGCCUGUAAGGAUCUGCUAUGGAUCGGUACCAGCGCUGGGGUGGUCCUUACACUGGCGAUCCCCAUGGUGAGCUUAGGAACCGUGGCUGGCACCCUGAAGUCACCUCUGGUUCCGAUGGGAUCGGCUCACGGACACACGGGCCACGUUCGGUUCCUGACUUCAAUCGAACUACCAGAAGGGUUCGACAUGAACCUACCUCCAACAACAGACUCAACAGGUAAUCAGUCUCAGAGCGGCAGCAUAGAUGAGGGGAUCCUCCAGAGGCGUGACUCCACGCACCGCAGAGCCUCCACCCACAUCCCAGCGAAGACCAACCAUCUCGUCAUUUCGGGCGGAGAUGGCUAUGAGGACUUCAGACUGACCAACAGCAGUGAAACCGUCGGUCGGGACGACAGCACCAACCACCUGCUGCUUUGGAGAGUCUGAGACAAUCCGUCGGCCAGUCUGACCAAACUCCCUCCAGCACUUUUUUGCCGUUGUUGUUUCGGUGUUCUGCUCGGUCCACCAGUUUCUAUGUGCGUGACGCAGCUGUAAGCUCCCACCUGGAUUUAUGGAUGAAAACGACCGCGUCAAAGCCACAAUUUUUGCUGUGUUCCCGAUGGCGUGCACGUCUUUGCCUGUUUUUUUGAAUCCGAGUGUCUUAACGUUUUUGUUGAAAGAGACAAAAAAAAAACAGAAGUUCUAAAUUAAAGUUGCAUAAAUGGACUUAUUUUCAAACCAAGGACCUAUAAAGAACUUACACAGGCGGAUAUGGACUCCUCAGGGUGUCAGUGCACACAAUGAAAGCGGAUGGAGUAAUGUGAUGUGAUUAAUGAGGCAUUGCAUGUCCUUUGAAAUUCCGUGUUUUGGAACUUGAAACACUUUCGGUCCACCAUUAUUUCGUCUUAAUUUAAGUCAAGAAGCCUUCAAAUGAAGAUCAGAGGUAACAAUGUACAUUAAAUGUAACAUAACUCGAAACGGUAGUUUGAAAUUCUUAACUAUAUAUAUUUUUUUUAUUUUAGUUUUAUUUUUCCAGCUGAAACUCAAUGCUAGCCUUAAGAUCAGAUGUGAGGUCCGAGUUUUCUGAUUCCAGUAAGGUGGCGAUGAUCUCUGUUGCACAAUGGUUGGUCAUUGUUGUGAAACUGCCAAUGUCAUCGUUCCUCCAGUAGAGGGAGCUUAAGUAAGAGUAUUUUUUUUUUUCUUUCUCAGUGUGACAUUGCACGACUUUAAUGCACGGCCUUAGUAAACGAUGGAAAGUAAA